UGCAGGUCUAAAGAUCUGGAGACGGAAGACGGGAAAGCAGUGACGCGCUCCCCUGUGCCCCGGGGUCGGAGCUGCAGAUUUUAUUUAUUUAAUUAGAGAGAGAGAGCAUGCAUGGAGAGUGGCAACAAGGAGGAAGAGGGACAAACAGACUCCAAGCUAAUCAUGAAGCCUGAUGUGGGGCUCAGUCCUAAGACUCUGAGAUCAGGACUCAAGCUGAAACCAAGAAUCAGAUGUUAACCAACUGUGCCACCCAAGUGUCCCUUAUCCAGAUUUCUUUAACCACAUCUGAUGUCUUCAUGUUUUGAAUUCAUGUGGCAUUCCAGAACUAUAGCUCUUUCUCUGAGAAAAUAAAAACCAUAAAUAACUGGCAGGACACUGCUGUAAUGGUGAAAAAAUGUGUAACCCAUGGGUAGCAUGGUUAGGAGUGCUGUUGCCCUUGAUCAAGUUCACUCAUUCAGUCCUCAAACCAGCACUGCCUCCAGUGAUCAAGAACCAACCUUUCAACAUUUUCUGGGCUGUCCCAACAAUGCAGUGUCAACAUUUCUUCAACGUGGAUUUGAAUCUCCAGUUAUUUAAUAUUAUAUCAAAUCCUUUAGAGACUCAGAGGGGAUCAACAAUUGUCAUAUUUUAUCCAAAUGAAUUAGGGUAUUAUCCUUAUUUCUCUCAAGAUGGAAAACCCUUUAAUGGAGGGAUACCACAGAAUAUAAGUAUUCCUAAACACCUCAAGAAGACAACUGAUGACAUUGCAAAAGUUGUCUCUUGGUGGAGAUCAGAAGGUCUUAUUAUCAUUGACUGGGAGAGCUGGAAACCUCAAUGGGAUAGAAAUUGGGGCAAUAGACUAAUAUAUAAAAACCACUCCUUAGCCUUCACUAGAAACCUCCAUCCUGACUGGUCAGAAAUGAAAGUGAAAACAGUUGCCCAACAGGAAUUUGAAAAUUCUGGGAAGAAUCUUAUGAGCGCCACUCUCACACUGGCUUUAGAAAUGAGACCAAAGUGCUUAUGGGGCUUUUAUCUUUACCCAGACUGCUACAAUUAUGAUUAUAGGAUAAAUCCACAAAUGUACACAGGUAAAUGCCCAAAUGAUGAAAUUUUAUGCAAUGACCAACUCCAGUGGCUUUGGGAAAAAAGCACAGCACUUUAUACUUCAAUAUAUUUGGAUAAAAUAUUGAAGUCAAGUUUAAGUGCUCUGAAAUUUGUUCAUUAUCGAGUUAGGGAAGCCAUGAGGAUUGCUGAAAUGGCUAGGCAUGACUAUGUUUUGCCAGUUUUUAUUUUUUCCAGACCAUUUUAUGUGCAUAGUAUUGAAGCUUUGUCACAGGAAGACUUAGUACAUACAAUUGGUGAGAGUGCCGCAUUGGGGGCAGCAGGAGUAAUAUUGUGGGGAGGAUUUGAAUAUUCUGAUUCAAAGGAGACCUGCUUAUCUGUGCAAAAGUCCAUCCAAGGGCCAUUGGGCCAUUAUGCUGUUAAUGUGACAUCUGCAGCCAAAUUCUGCAGUCAAAGUCUAUGUAACAAUAAUGGAAGGUGUAUCCGAAAAACACCUGAAUCCUCCUCCUAUCUGCAUAUGCCUGAAAGUAGCACUAAGAAAUACAUCCUAAAUAAGAGUUUCAGAUUCAUCAUUUCUUCAACCAGUAAACUGAAGACAACAAAGGUCUUCCACAGUACAUUAAUGCAGAAGAUAAGAUUUUAUCUUAUGAAAGUAUUAUCUGAUGGACAAUUAAGGCUUUGUGUUGUUCAACCAAUACAUCUCACAUCAUGGCUGCUCAUAUUCUUCAUUCUGAAGUCUAUCUCUUCUCUAAAACCUGCCCGGCUUCCAAUUUAUCAAAGGAAACCUUUUAUAGCUGCUUGGAAUGCCCCAACGGAUCAGUGUUUGAUAAAAUACAAUAUAGGAUUAAAUUUGAAAAUGUUUCAGGUUAUUGGAAGCCCACUGGCCAAGGCCAGGGGGCAAAAUAUCACUAUAUUUUAUGUCAACAGAUUGGGAUACUAUCCAUGGUAUACAUCACAGGGGGUUCCCAUUAAUGGGGGUCUCCCCCAGAACAUAAGUUUGCAAGUGCAUCUAGAAAAAGCUGACCAAGAUAUUAAUUAUUACAUCCCUGCUGAAGAUUUCAAUGGACUUGCUGUUAUAGACUGGGAAUACUGGCGACCUCAGUGGGCCCGUAACUGGAACACAAAAGAUGUCUACAGACAGAAGUCCAGAAAGCUGAUUUCUGACAUGCAAGAGAAUGUAUCAGCUACUGAUAUUGAAUAUUUAGCCAAAGCAACCUUUGAAGAAAGUGCAAAAGCUUUCAUGAAGGAAACCAUCGAAUUGGGAAUUAAGAGUAGACCCAAGGGCCUCUGGGGUUAUUAUUUAUAUCCUGAUUGCCACAAUUAUAAUGUUUAUGCCCCGAAUUAUACUGGGUCAUGCCCAGAAGAGGAAGUUUUGAGAAACAAUGAGCUCUCUUGGCUCUGGAAUAGCAGUGCUGCUUUAUAUCCUUCUAUUGGUGUCAGAAAAUCUCUUGAAGACAAUGAAAACAUUUUGCGCUUCUCGCAAUUUCGAGUGCAAGAAUCCCUGAGGAUCUCCACCAUGACAUCCCAUGAUUACGCUCUGCCUAUAUUUGUCUACACAAGGCUAGGCUACAGAAAUGAGCCCUUAUUUUUUCUUUCUAAGCAAGAUCUAAUCAGUACUAUUGGAGAAAGUGCUGCCUUGGGAGCUGCAGGCAUUGUUAUCUGGGGAGACAUGAAUUUAACUUCGUCUGAGGGCAACUGUACAAAGGUGAAGCAGUAUGUGAGUUCUGACUUAGGACGCUACAUAGUCAAUGUGACCAGAGCGGCUGAGGUGUGCAGCCUUCACCUGUGCAGGAGUAACGGGAGAUGCAUAAGGAAGGUAUGGAAAGCUCCUGAUUACCUGCACUUGAACCCUGCAAGUUACCACAUAGAGGCCUCCAAGGAUGGAGAAUUUAUUGUGAAAGGAAAAGCAUCUGAUAUGGACCUGGAAGCAUUGGAGGAGAAGUUUUCCUGUCACUGUUAUCAGGGAUACGAAGGAGCCAACUGUAGAGGAACAAAGGCGGCUGACGGCUGCUCUGGGGUGUUCUCUUUUUCUAGCUCACUAAUAACACUAUGCCUGCUGGUUUUAGCAGGUUAUCAGAGUAUCUGGUCAUGACAUAAUUGAGUUUAAAUGGAACUGUGUGCCCUGUAGAGUAGUCACUUAAAGAAAAGAUGAAACUUAGGACUUUUUUUUUCUCUUAUGAAAUACAUUGAAAAGGUAGCAUAAGUAGACAUUAUGUACGUCACUUAACAUAAACAAGAGCAUAUUGCUUUAUUUGGCACUGAUUUGGCUAAGAAACCAGAUCCAGGAAUAAAAUCAGUGCAGUCCUCUUCCUUACUGGAAUGUUUAAGUUGUAUUCAAACUAGACCCGUAUAUUUUAG